AAAGCCGAAGCAAAAAAACCCCAAAAAAAAAAAAAAAAAACAGAGCAAAGCAAAGCAAACAAUGGGCUCCUCCUCCCAACUCUCACUCUCUCCUUCUCUUGGCUUCUCUACUACCCAUUAUGUUUUGAUAUGCAUAAUCUCUCUCUCUCUACAAUCGCAACCAGUUCUUUCUCAAUGCAAGAACCCCCCAGUCAUCUUCAACUUCGGGGAUUCCAACUCCGACACCGGGGGCCUCGUCGCUGGACUCGGAUUCCCAGUCAAUCCGCCCAACGGCCGCACUUUCUUCGGCACAUCGACCGGUCGCCUCUCCGAUGGACGCCUUGUCCUCGAUCUCCUCUGCCAAAGCGUGAACACGAGCUUUUUGAGGCCAUACCUAGACUCGCUGGGAACCACGUUCACAAAUGGUGCCAAUUUUGCGGUGGUGGGGUCCUCUACUCUCCCUAAAUACCUACCUUUUGCAUUGAAUAUUCAAGUCAUGCAGUUCCUUCAUUUCAAAGCUCGCUCCAAUCAACUUGUUACUGCAGGUUUCAAAAAUUUGAUCAAUGAUGAAGGGUUCAACAGUGCACUGUAUAUGAUUGAUAUUGGACAGAAUGACAUUGCUGAUUCAUUCACUCGGAAUCUCUCAUAUGUGCAAGUUAUCAAAAGGAUCCCAUCCAUAAUUAUAGAGAUCAAGAAUGCUGUGAAGGCUAUAUAUGGUCAAGGUGGCAGAAAAUUUUGGAUUCACAACACUGGACCCUUGGGUUGUCUUCCCCAAAAACUUUCGAUGGUUCAAAGACGUCCCAACGAUGUUGAUCCCUACGGAUGCCUUUCUAGUUACAAUGCUGCUGCAAGAAUAUUCAAUGAAGGAUUGCGCCAUUUAUGCGAGGAAAUGAGAUCUGAAAUGGUGGAUGCUACUAUUGUGUAUGUAGAUAUAUAUUCCAUCAAGUAUGACCUCAUUGCCAACUAUACCAAACAUGGUUUCUCAAAACCAUUGAUGGCUUGUUGUGGCUUUGGAGGACCUCCAUACAAUUAUAAUAUCAAGGUGCCAUGUGGUCAGCCCGGUUACCAGGUCUGCAGUGAUGGAUCUCAAUAUAUAUAUUGGGACGGUAUUCAUCACACGGAAGCAGCAAACACCAUUAUAGCCUCGAAAAUACAGUCCAUGGCUUAUUCAACUCCACGCACUUCAUUUGAUUUCUUUUGCCAUGGAUGAUUGAUCCUCCUUGAGAAAAUAUGCAUGUAAGUUUAUUUCUAUGAGGAGAUCUCUAAUAACCCAGUAGUGUCUCAUGCUUAUUAUAAACAUUUAGUUGAGAUCAUGUUGAGCUUCUGUUCAGUACUAUUAACAGACCAAGAAGGUUUAGUCUGUUAAAAGGCUGUCAAGAGUAGUGUGAAUGUGUGAUGUUUGAACUUGUUCUUUGGACAGUUUCCCAUUUUUUGGUGGUAGUAAAUUAUUAUUAGAAAAUUUUGGCUUA